UUAUGGUCACGUGAUAACAACACUGUAGUCAAUGUAAACAGUCAGCUAGCAUUUUUUUACUAGGCAGCAAACUAUUCUCUGCAUUGAUAGCUAGUUUACUGUAUUACCGCAUUAUUACACGCCUUAACACGAUGUAUUAGAUAUACCAGAAGUUCGUAGAUGUUCUUACUUACGUUUGCAUUUGGUUGAAGAAGCCAGCUUUAUCAACAAGAGAGCUUAGCUAGCUAACGUUAACCGUCUUCUGUAACUUACCAUGGACCAAUAUAGUAUUUUGGGUAGAAUAGGAGAAGGAGCCCAUGGCAUUGUUUUCAAAGCAAAACAUAUCGAGACUGGAGAGACUGUGGCUCUGAAGAAAGUCGCUCUGAGAAAGUUGGAGGACGGGAUCCCCAACCAAGCCCUCAGRGAGAUCAAGGCUUUACAGGAGAUUGAAGACAACCAACACGUGGUGAAGCUAAAGGACGUGUUUCCCCAUGGUACAGGGUUCGUCUUGGUGUUUGAGUACAUGCUCUCUGACCUGUCUGAGGUCAUCAGGAACUCUCAGAGGCCUCUCACCGAGUCACAUGUCAAAGGUUACAUGAUGAUGCUACUCAAAGGGGUUGCCUUCUGCCACGAGAACUCCAUCAUGCACAGAGAUCUGAAACCAGCCAACCUGCUCAUUAGCUCUACAGGUCAUCUGAAGAUAGCAGACUUCGGCCUGGCCAGACUUUUCAACAACGACGGAGAGCACCUCUACAGCCAUCAGGUGGCCACCAGGUGGUAUCGAGCACCAGAACUGCUCUAUGGGGCAAGAAAAUACGACGAAGGUGUAGAUCUCUGGUAAGAGGAUUCCGUUUCUCGUGUCGCUGAUUGAUUAAUUAAUCAAUCAAACAGAUUCAUUGAUUUGAUGCUUUCAUUUGAUAUCAUAUCCUACAAUAACAGGUCAGUGAUAAUGUGUAAAGAGAGAGCUAAGUAA